GCUUGCUGGUGAAUUUAGCAGUGAAAAGGGCCACGCAUUUGUUGAACAACUUCACAAAGUCCAGUGUAUGCUGCAGGAUGUGGGCUCCAACAUCGCGACGCCUCUCUCCUCAGCCAGGAAGGCUCACUUAAAACGAACAUCUUUUAGUGAGAAGCCAGUUCUGGAGCUGGAGCAGUGGAUUGACAGUUACUCAGAGCAGCUUCCUCCGCUCAGAGCUUUCAUCUUGCCAUCAGGAGGUAAAAGCAGUGCUGCUCUCCAUUUUUCCCGAGCUGUCUGCCGCAGAGCUGAAAGGUGCGUGGUUCCUUUAGUACAAGCAGGGGAAGCAGAUGCAAAUGUGGCCAAAUACUUGAACAGACUGAGCGACUAUCUCUUCGUUUUGGCACGUUACGCUGCAAUGAAGGAAGGGAAGGAAGAGAAAAUAUACGUAAAGCCUGAACCAUAA